AUGGAGACUGGGGCAUCUGUAAGCAGCAAUCCUUUAUUCGAGAAUACACAUGGCCGUGCUGUUGCUAUUGAGAUUAGCAAUUACAGUUCGAGAUAUGACUUGCGUAAUCCAAGUUACUGUACCACCAGUGGGUAUUGCUGUAACCCUCCUCCACCCACAAUAAGCAAAAGUGGCAAAGGCACGUGUGUAUUCACAAAGACGGGUGGCACUGCCCGCGGAUGUGUUGGCGUCUUGACUUAUCAACUUAGUGACCACAGUAUUGCUAUAAUGUUUUCAAAUCCAUUUGACUACAACUUGUACAGAAUCUGCUAUGGAAUGGAGAUAUUCAACAGACAUCGGACCGCAGAUGAAAACUUGUUUAAAGAAAUGUACUAUGCUCCUGUGAAUGCUGAGAAAAGACGUAUAGUUGGUUCUUGUAGCAGCCAUUUGGAAUUGUCUUAUGAUGGUAUUAAUGUCAAAGCAACAAUGUCUUCCUCAUCUAAGUCUAUAAUGAAGGUAGAAAUCCAUGAUUUGCCAGAGUAAAAUGAACACCUUUGUUAUUUUAUUUUUUUUUCAUUAUCCUUGUUUUCUUUUCUUGCAUUGUUUAUUUUGGGGGUUCAGUAAAAAGGAGGUUUUAAAAGGAAUAAAGAGAGUAGGGGAGUAGAGGAUGAGUCAGAGAUGUAGCUAACUACUCUGGCACUCAGGGUUGCUCCCCUAUAUCUCCCCCCACUUUAGGUAGAGAAGACAAAAAAUGUCUUCAAACAUGAAGAGCAGCACAUUUUUCCCUUCUCUUCUGUCUUUGUAAACAAGCAGCUGCUACAGUUUCUGCCUGCUACACAUGGAGUACUAAUGUUUCAGUGCAAAUGCACUACUGGCCUUCAGAUACUAGUAAUGCACUGAAGACCGAACAGCUUCUAUUGAUUCUACUCGCUAACACUUUGCUGCUAGCAACGCUGCUGGGAUGAAUAUUGUGAAGGGUAUAUCACAUGCUGCUUAGUUCACAGAGUAACAGAUCAGGAAAGGAGAAGGUAAAAAAGGAAUGGGUGAUGAUAUGGUCAUUUUACUAAAUAGUCUUGAGUUUAGAUUUUACACAUUUUUGACUUAAGGUAACUUGGAUGGGGAUUUCUUUUAAGGGCUUAGGAUGGAGGAUUGGAGAUUGUUGGGUCUGUACAACUGAUGAUUGUGUUUUGCAGUGCAGUGGAUGAAAAUGCUACAGAUUUGUUUUGAAUUAUGCAUGCAUGUAAAUGUUAACAAAAAGUCUGUUAAAAUCACUAACAGUGAGAGAGUGAUGUUUUUAGAAAUGCUUGUUUUCACUAGUAUAUCACUGUGUCGAGUAUAUUGCAUAUUUUCAUUGUAUUCUCUCUAAUACGACAUAUUGCAAUAAAAGAAUGAAUGUUUUCAUUUUGAAA